UCUUUCCUCUUCCUCCUCUUCCUCGCCAUGAGAGAAAAACAAAGAGAGCUUUUCUCGUAGCUUCCACUCGAACCAACCGUCGAUUCCCGUGGGUUCAGCUGCAGGCUUCUGGCCGGUUUCGACCGCCGAGCUGGAGAUUCACUGUACUUUCCCUAAUUUGAUUUUUCUGAGAGAGAAGGGGGAGUACCCCUUGUUGGUUAAUUUGAUUUUACUGCCUUUUCUUGAUUUGGAUAUAUCUGUGAGGGGACUGGACUGUAAGCGGUUCUUUCUAUCUUGUUUGCUGUAGAAGCUCAGUUACUGUUGCUUCCUCCUAGUUUUCAUCUUCUCGGAUUCUUCGUUGCUUCCAGUUGAAUUUUGGUUGGUGGUCUCUUGUCAAAAUUUGUUCUCGUCUCCUUUCCCUGUUUUCUUCUACCGUGGAAAUUUGUUUGUUUGUUUUUUCCUUCGCGAUAAUCUCGGGAUUUUCGGUGAGCUGGUUGCAAUGGUCAGCGGCAACAUGUUCUACCGAAGGAAGCCCUCAUGGCGUGCCGAUGAUCUCGUGAGCAGGAGCACCCUGCAAUUGCUGGACUUUGAUGAUGGCUCACCACCAGAAUAUGCUUGGAGAAGGAAAAUAAGUAGUCAGGCCAAUAGGUUGAAGGAGUUCAAUGUUACCUUCAGAGAAGCAAUUAAAAUGAUGAGACUUGGUCUGCGCCUUUGGUCAUAUAUUCGGGAAGAAGCUUCUCAUGGAAGGAAAGCACCAAUUGAUCCAUUCACGAGGGAGAGCGACAAGCCUUCAGCCUCACAAGGAGUACCUCUUGGUGGGAUGGGGAGUGGUAGCAUUUCAAGAGGCUUCAGAGGAGAAUUUAAACAUUGGCAGAUAAUUCCUGGUUCAUGUGAAAUGUCACCAGUGAUGGCAAACCAAUUUUCGAUCUUUAUAACUCGAGGAGGAAACAAGAAAUACUCCUCUGUUUUAGCUCCUGGUCAGCAUGAUAGUUUAAAGAAAUCUAGCGAUGAUGGUAUAUCAUCCUGGGAUUGGAAACUAAGAGGUGAUCGUUCUACAUACCAUGCGUUGUUUCCUCGAGCAUGGACUGUCUAUGAUGGUGAACCUGAUCCUGAAUUGAAAGUAUCUUGCCGUCAAAUAUCUCCUUUUAUUCCCCAUAACUAUCAAGACAGCAGUCUUCCAACAUCUGUUUUUGUUUACACUAUAGUGAAUACCGGAAAAGAAAGGGCGAAAGUCAGCCUUGUAAUGACAUGGGCGAAUUCUAUUGGAGGACUUUCCCACCAUUCUGGCGGUCAUGUUAAUGAACCAUUUAUAGGAGAAAAUGGAGUUUCUGGCGUGCUUCUACAUCACAAGACUGCCAAUGAUAAUCCUCCUGUCACUUUUGCUGUCGCAGCAUGUGAGAACCAAAAUGUAAAUGUUACUGUGUUGCCUGCUUUUGGGCUUUCUGGUGAAAGUUCCAUUACAGCCAGGGAAAUGUGGGGCACAUUGAUCCAGGAUGGUUGUUUCGACCGAGAUAAUUUCAAUGCCGGCCCUAGCAUGCCUUCUUCAUUGGGUGAUACAGUUUGUGCAGCAGUUUGUGCAUCCACCUGGGUUGAACCACAUGGAAGAUGUACAGUUGUAUUUUCCCUGGCCUGGUCAUCCCCAAAGGUUAAAUUUAAGAAAGGAAAUGCAUACUACAGGAGGUAUACAAAAUUUUAUGGAACUUCUCCAAGGUCAGCUAUAAACUUGGUGCAGGAUGCCUUGAUGAAGUAUAAGCAUUGGGAAGAGGAGAUCGAUAAGUGGCAGAGCCCAAUUCUCCAUGAUGACCGGCUUCCAGAAUGGUACAAGGUUACUGUCUUUAAUGAGCUCUACUUCCUAGUUGCUGGAGGAACUGUUUGGAUUGAUAGUGCAUCUUUGGUGGUUGACACUGAAGAAAUGUUGAACUUAAAGAUACCUGAGGACAGUGAUUCGCCGCUUCAUGACAGCACUCACAAGUCUGCUGUUCCACUCAUUGGUUUUACCCCACAUAUAAUUGAUGACAGAGAAAAUGUAGGGAAGUUUUUAUACCUGGAAGGAAUUGAGUACUUCAUGUGGUGCACUUACGAUGUACACUUCUAUGCCUCUUUUGCUCUUCUGGAACUGUUUCCUAAGAUUGAGCUGAGCAUUCAACGUGAUUUUGCUACAGCUGUUCUGCGUGAAGAUAAAAGUAGAGUCAGGUUUCUAGCUGAUGGUACUUGGGGUAAUCGCAAAGUAAUUGGUGCUGUUGCCCAUGACCUUGGGGCUCAUGAUCCUUGGCAUGAAUUGAAUGCUUACAAUAUACAUGACACAAGUAGGUGGAAAGAUCUCAAUCCCAAGUUCGUGCUACAGGUCUACCGGGAUUUUGCAGCGACAGGUGACAUGUCAUUUGGCAAGGAUGUCUGGCCUGCAGUUUGUACCGCUAUGGAAUACAUGGAACAGUUUGACCAUGAUGGUGAUGGUAUGAUUGAGAAUGACGGCUUUCCUGAUCAAACUUAUGAUGCUUGGACAGUUCGUGGAGUUAGUGCCUAUUGUGGUUGCCUUUGGCUUGCUGCCCUUCAAGCUGCAGCGGCACUGGCCCGUGACCUUGGACACAAUGAUUAUGCUGAGAGAUGCAUGGUGAAAUUUGCAAAAGCUAAACUUGUAUUUGAAGCCAAGUUAUGGAAUGGUUCAUAUUUUAAUUAUGACAGCGGAACAAGUUACAACAGUCGCUCCAUCCAUGCAGAUCAACUGGCUGGACAAUGGUAUACUGCAUCGUCAGGUUUGCCGCCUCUAUUUGAUGAGGAUAGGAUAAAAUGCACCCUUCAGAAAAUAUUUGAUUAUAAUGUGAUGAGGGUAAAAGGAGGACGUAUGGGAGCUGUGAACGGUAUGCAUCCGAAUGGGAAGGUAGACGAGACCUGCAUGCAGUCUAGAGAAAUCUGGACAGGAGUAACAUACAGUUUAGCUGCUACUAUGGUACUCCAUGGAAUGGAGAAUCAAGCCUUCACUACUGCAGAAGGUAUUUUUAUUGCCGGAUGGUCCGAAGAAGGCUAUGGGUACUGGUUCCAAACCCCGGAAGCAUGGACGAUCGACGGCCACUACAGGUCACUGAUAUACAUGCGGCCCCUCGCAAUCUGGGCGAUGCAGUACGCGUUGUCGCCGCCAAGAACGAUCCUCGAGGCGCCGAGGGUAAACACCAUGGACAGGACCUCCCACAUCUCCCCCAGCACGCUCCAGUUUCUCCAGGACAGCGUCAGGAAGAUGACGCCCAGGAACAGCUGCUUCGGAAGCAGCAGCUCGUUUAGCUGCGAGUGCUGAUGUGUGGUGAUGAUAACUAGCGAUGGUGUUUCAGCUGAGAUCACCUGGUGUUACUGGCGAAUUCCCU